AAACUUUUGUUUUCUAUCUAUUCAAAUGGAUCUUAUGGAUAAAAAAAAAUUGUAAAAAAUAUUAGUGAAAUAUCAUGAUCUUAUGUUUAAUUGUAAAAAUUUGAGAGACAGAUAAAAAAAAUUACGAAACUAAUUUGUAACAUUCCUUACUUCCUGUGUAAAAAUUUUGAAGGUCGGGAGUUGGAAGAUACAACUCAAACUAUCAUCAUGGGGCGACAUUUUGGAGGCCUUAAGGUCAUGAAAUCACAACAAAUUCAUUGGACAUUAUCUCCAUUUGAACAGAGAGCAUUUGCAGGAUUUUUCUCUGUAGGGUUUCCAAAAGGAGUACGGAGGAUGACUUACGCAUUGUUCCGAGGAGUUCCUAUUAUCUGUGCAACCUUUUAUUUAAUUAACUGGGGAGACAAGGAAGGACUGAGGACAAUAAAGAAACUACCAGGACAAUUUGAUAAUGAUGUUUAAAACAGACUUUUAAGUGAUGAAUGCAGAAUGUUGUAUGGAUGUUUUUAGGAUUAAAAUUUGUUAUUAUAAAACAGUCA